CUAAAAAAAAAUUGCAAUGAGAGACUCGGUUGUUAGAUCUUACAUUAGAUCAGAAACGCCUCGUACGAAAUGGACCGAAGAUCGUCACAACCUUUUUGUUCACAUUGUAGAAUACCUCGGUGGCGAAAUGACGGCAACACCUAAGAAAAUUUUGGAUAAUAUGAAUGUGAGAGACCUUACAAUAUCACAAGUGAAAAGCCAUCUCCAGAUGUAUAGGAUCAACAAGAAAGAAGAAGAUUCUAUAAAAGAAAGGAGAAUGAUAAGGCAAAUAAAUAGGAGGCACUCUCAAAAAUACCUUAAGAUCUCUGAACAUGUUCGAGAUGCUAUCCAAAAUCAACAAAGGCUACAAUUGGAUAGUACUGAGAAAGUAACUCCAAUGGAAGUAUCUUGCAAGUCUCUGUAUCAAUCUUCAAGGGUGGGACCAAAUGAAAACAUAGACAAUGAUGUUAAUGUUGAUGGUGAUGGUGCAAAUGGUGAAGAAGACAUGUCCCUUGAGCUCACUCUUGGUCUGAAGUACUAAGAGAACUAGUUUUUCUAGGCUCGCUCUCUAUUUUAUGUAAUGCUUAAUUGCUUAUACCAUUAUACACAUGGUAUAAGAAAAUAAAAA